AUGCAGCCGUCGAUCGGGGCGCAGUUAAAUCGCGCCUCGUCGCCGAUACGACAGCGACUGCGUAGCGGGAAGCGCUAUGUCGUCGAUCUGCAUUGGGAUUCGUUGAAUAAUCUGAGUGAUUGUACGGUGGAAGAGUUGACGAGAUACAUCGAGGAACUCGGAAAUCCUCUUCGCAGUGACUCGUUUUCCUCUAUCGCCACCGUCAGUGCCAGAGAAGACUUCGAAACAGCCAUCGAUAAUAUAAAACAAGGCAUAUUUCUUUUUGGUAAUAGUCGUGGAAAGAACUUUAAAACCACAACAUCACGUGCGGUAAUGGACUCACCAUCCGAUCUUUCACCAAAUGCGCCACCAUCUGGCUUCGAUGAAUCCAACAAUUAUUUCUCCAAUUUGCAGGCACCUCCAGCACCUCCGUCGUCUAGUUCGACCGGACAGGCCUCUACCGAAGGUUCUGUAGACUCGAGCGGUUUUGAGAAGGUGGACCAUGAUGUUUUGGAAGAGUAUGGUCAACAAUUCGUUAAUGAAAUGCAACAAUCUCUCUUUGGGAAGCCGCUGGAGGCAGACUCUUCCAAGCAGGACAUGUCUUCUGGUCCACGCGACGAUGUGCUGGAGAAAUCGUACGGCGGCGAUUUAAUUGAUAUCCCUAAAAAUGAGACAUAUCCGGAUCAAGCGAAGCUUACAGCUGGAGAUCAUCCUACGGAGGAUACAAAACAGGCCAGCAACACGAUGCAUUCUUUCGAUCUUCUUGGGGAUGUUGUUCCAGAAGUUCAUGACACAAAGUCGGUACCUACUGAACGAUCACAUGGCACUGGCACCCACGACCACUUCCACCAUGACGAUGCACCCUUUGAACCGGUCGGGCGUGGAGGAGUCCCCCUAGAUCAACUAAUCGAAGACCAAGUAGCUGAAGUGCACGGAGAUGUAGAUGAAGUGCUGCAUCGAAUGCAGGAGACGGACGAAUUUAAACAUAAUGUGGAGAAGAAAGAGGAACAUGUAGAGAAAAAGGAAGAACGUCAUAUUCCCGAAGAUUCCGACUCGGAUCAUCCUGAUUUCCGUAGCCAGACCCCGGAAGUGGAAGAAUCUACAUUUAAUCGACGAGGACCAUUGACAAUUCCAGAAGUAUCUGAAAAGGUGCCAGGUGAUGACCUCCUUGAGGACGACCAUCAACAUGACCGUUUCGGUUUUGAGAAAGAACCUCGUCCGCCUACUCCACCGAAGGAUAUAAGUGAGGAGAGCGUUAAGCCAUCAGCAUUUAGCUUGGCUCAUGGUACAGGCUCUUCACCUUCCCAUCCUGACGUUCUUCAUCCUAUCCUGAAACAUGGUGGCUCCCAAAGUGCGGAACCAUGGUUUGACUUCAAAACGAUCGAUCCUCGCCUUCUGGAGCUCAUCUACUGGCGCGACCCCAAGAAGAGCGCCGUCGCGCUUUCAUUGAUACUUCUAGCUGUGUUCAUUUUGGCUAAGUACCCAAUCCUUUCGGUAAUUGCCUACACCGGUUUGGCCAUUCUAGCUGGUACCCUGGGAUUCCGCGUUUUCAAGACCAUUGAGGCCCAAGUAAAGAAGACUAACGGCGAAAAUCCUUUCCAGGAAUAUCUUGCCAAGGACCUCACAUUGCCGCAGGAACGAAUUCACGCCCAGGUGGAUGUGCUGACGGAACAUGGAACCCUUCUCGCCAACCAAGUUAAACGACUUGUCUUCGUUGAAAAUAUUGUCGACAGCGCUAAGUUUGCACUCAUCUUGUGGGCAUUGACCUACAUUGCUCACUGGUUCUCCGGAUUCACUCUCAUCGUUCUAGGCAUCCUUGCUGUGUUCUCAGUGCCGAAGGUGUACGAAAUGUAUCAGGAACCGAUCGAUGCACAACUUGCAGUGAUAUCAGAUCAUAUUAAGAAUGCCACUAAAAUGGCUGAGGAGAAGUUGCCUUUCUUGAAGAAAGUGCAGGCCGAGGUUGAGAAGAAGGAGCAGUAA